AUGUCAAAUGUGAACCCUCUUCAGCGCAUGAGAGAUCAAGGGUUGAGAAGCCUGGUCUACUGGUGUGAUAAGGAAGGUGCUGUGGGUGCAGAAUGGCCGUCACACGAGAAAGGUCAGCUCACAGAUUUUACAGAGUUGGACAUCAUCUUAUUGUUGUGGAUUGCAGAGAAUGGCUCAUUAUGCAUCACAGCUAAGGGACCGAAAGCCAAUUCACUUGGGGUACAUAUCUCCAGGAUAUCAGGCACAAUGGAGAAAGUUAUGCGUGAAAUUAUCACGAAACCCGACCAAGCCGUCGGUGAAUUGGAGGUUUGCAGCGAUGAGGAUUUUGAAUGCAUCCAGUCAUGGAACAUCAGGGCCACGCAAUGGGAGGCGAUACCGAAGUGUGUCCAUGAAGAGAUUUCUCGAAAAUGCUCUCAGCAACCGAAUCAACCUGCAAUUAUAGACUGGGAAGGGCAAAUUACGUAUCUUGAACUCGAUCGGUAUUCCAGCAUUGUGGGAUCCAGGCUACUUCAACUGGGAGUUGGACCGGAUCUGUUCGUUUCCCUUUGCUACCACAAAUCCAGAUGGGCCACCGUGGCGGCCCUCGGUGUUUUGAAGGCCGGAGGAGCUUAUGUCUUUCUGGACCCUUCAUAUCCAUUGCGAAGGAACAAGAGUAUCUGUGACGCUACAGCCUCGAGAAUCGCGCUUUGCUCAUCUGAACUCGCGCCGCUAAUGGAAAGCUUGAACCAAUAUGCUGUCAUUAUUGAUUCAUCUUGGGUAUCGAACUUCGGAUGCGACGUGAAUCAAGCGAUUACGGCUCGUGCAUGCAACCCAAGCAGCGCGAUGUACGCUGUCUUUACAUCAGGAAGUACUGGGGAGCCGAAGGGAAUUGUGACUGAACAUGGUGCUUUCUUCAGUAAGGCACAAGCGAAUGGCCGUGCGCUUUCCCUAGGGCCCCAAACCAAGAUGCUGCAGUUUGCCUCCUACACAUUCGAUGUGAGCAAUCGAGACGUUUUCACGACACUUCUGUUCGGUGGCUGUAUCUAUGUCCCGUCUGAGUCAGAGCGUGUCGACAGCCUUGCUGGCUUCAUUUCUCGCUUCAGGGUCAAUUGCGCCAGCUUGACCCCAUCUAUUGCUAGUACCCUUUCUCCGGAUGAAAUACAGCUGGAUACCUUGAUCCUUGGAGGUGAGCCUUUGAGCCAAAAUAUCAUUAGCACCUGGGCCGAUAGAGUGCGCCUCGUGAACGCUUAUGGUGUUAGUGAGAGUGCUGGAAUAGUGAGCCUCGCAUCUUCUGUUAGUCCUAAAAGUUCGCCCCGGAACAUUGGACUCGGUUGUGGGUCCGCCAUUUGGAUAGUCGAUAUAGAGACUACCGAGAGACUGUUACCCAUCGGGGCAGCUGGAGAGAUUGUCAUACAAGGAGCAGGGUUGGCUCGUGGAUACUUGUCUGGAAGUGAGCGAACUGCCCACCAUUUCCUGGACAGGGCGACGUGGCAGCUGCGUGUCAAGUCCGGCGAACCUUCCAUCGAUCAAAGGUACUAUCGAACGGGAGAUCUAGGCCGCUAUAACCUGGACGGAUCGAUCGAAUAUAUCGGUCGGAAGGACGAUCAGAUCAAGUUCAAUGGCCAGCGGCUAGAGCCAACAGAAAUCGAGCACCAAAUUUUGUCAUGGAAAGGUGCACGCGAAUGGAAAAUCCAGAACGCUGCUGUCAUUGCAACGCCACGUCCAAUUCAGUUGCUUUCAUUCCUCGGCUUAAGAUCAUCAUUUGAAAAUGGCCAUCAGGCGGGGCUAGUACAGCCAGCUGAAGCACAGAAAAUCAUCACUGAUCUCGUUGCUCACUUAAGCUUGUGUAUACCACAACACAUGGUACCAGUGAAGUUUGCUUUCCUUCCAAAGUUGCCUCUAAGCAAAUCUGGCAAGAUCGAUCGCUUUCGGCUUCGUGAGAUGUAUCAGGAACUUAUAAAGAAUCAUCAAGGUGACUUGUUCUACCUGCGAGAUGAUAAUGCCGACACGGACUUGACCCACGCCUCUCACACGGCCGGCCACAUAAGCCUGCUCCGAAAUUUGUGGCGUGAAGCCCUAGAAAGCCUUUCCGGGGAGUUCCAGCUACAUGACAAUUUCUUUCGACGAGGUGGGAACUCCAUCACAGCAAUCAAACUAGUUGCACUGCUUCGCAGGAAAGGGUACCAUCUCCGUGUUGUUGAUAUUUUCAAGUUCCCAACAUUGUCGCGUAUGGCAUCCAUGCUGAGAGAAAUCCCUCAUUCCGAACUCGAACAAAAGUCUUCUUUACCCCCAUUUUCGCUAGUCAAGGAUGAUUCCUCGAUCCUUACCUCAGUACUGAUGCACUUGGGUUUACCGCCAGAGCAAGUUGAGGAUUUGUAUCCGUGUACUCCCAUACAGGAAGGGAUUGUCGCACUGUCCACCCAGUCCACAGGCGCAUACAUUGGUCGCUACUCAUGGAGGUUACCAACCGAUAUCGACCUUCCGCGGUUUCAAGCUGCCUGGGAAUCGGUUUGGCUGAUGAAUCCAAUACUUCGAACUCGGAUCGUAGAGACAUCAAAUGGCGCAUACCAGGUGGUUUUGCGCGGAACUCUUCCAUGGCAGACGGUUGCAAAUGACGAGCCUGAAAGGCCCACUAUCCAGGCAGGGCAGCUGUUGCGUUGUAUCAUCCUACAGAGCUCUCAAAGUUCCGAAGCCUCUCGUUUCUCCUUCAUACUUGAUAUUCAUCAUGCAUUGUUUGAUGAUUGGUCGCUCCAUAUCAUCCUGGAGCAGGUUGAGCAAGCCUACAGCGGCCAAAUACUUGAACCUCGACCGUUCAAUACAUUCGUCAAGUAUGUUCACGAAGUUAUUGAGCAGUAUAGCGCAGAUUUCUGGCGUCAUGAGCAUAUUGGCCUUAAGGCCGAGCACUUUCCGGCUCUGUCGGCGGAACGUGGCAAUGAGGAUGGCACGAAAAACGUGUUGGAACACACCAUUGACUGGGACCCGCUGUCCAAUACUGAAUUCACCACUGCCUCAAUGUUGAGACUCAGUUGGGCUUUAGUUCUGCGUCAAGAAACAGGGUGUGACGAUGUUAUUUUUGGUUCGACAGUCACAGGGCGUAAUGCAUCAAUGCCAGAGAUCGAUCGCGUCAGUGGCCCAACUCUUGCCACCAAUCCUGUCCGAGUGACUCUAGACUUCAAUUUGGCAGUCAAUGGCGCGCUAGAAAAGAUACAAGACCAAUUCAGUCGCAUGAUUCCGCAUGAGCAGAUUGGUUUGCAGCGCAUUCGUCAAACAGGACCCGAGUCCGCUGUUGCCUGUGGCUUCCAGAACCUAUUGCUUGUGCAGCCCGACUACCCGGCCCAUUAUAGGCUUUUUUCAGAACGGAAUACAUUCUCAAAUAUCACAAACUUCACCGGAUAUCCGCUAUUGCUUGUUUGCAACCUCGAAAAGGACUCAAUUCACCUCCAGGCAUCUUUUGAUGAGAGUCGGGUCAUGGCCGAUACCGUAAGACGCAUGCUUCGCCAAAUGGAUCAUAUCUGUCAACAGAUCCGACACGCAGGCGGUCUUCGGCUUAUUGAGCUUGAUUGGAUGACCUCGAGUGACAAAGUGGUGCUCCAGAACUGGAACAGUCUCAUUCCAGAAACGACAGAUGCCUGCAUUCAUGAUCUCAUACAGAUUCAAUGCCAAACGCACCCAGAGAGGAUAGCAGUGGAAGCACAUGACAUCACGUUGACAUUUGGCGAAGUUGAAGAUCUUGCUUCCCAUUUUGCAUCUCGUCUGCGUGAGGCUGGUGUCAAAAGCGGCACCUUUGUGCCCCUCUUAUCCGAAAAGUCAGGAUGGGCGACCAUUGCCUUACUUGGUAUUCUCAAAUCUGGCGCCGCACUGGUGAUGCUCGAACCAACCUACCCAAUGCAGCGCCUCAAAGCAAUCUGCUCCGAAGUCCAGGCAGAAGUGAUUGUCUCCUCUGAAGCUUGUGCCGAUACCAGUAGUCAAGUUCAUCCACGGGUUGUAGUUAUUGGACCCCUCACUGGCAGGCACGGUGGCACAGAAAAGCCACUACCACCAUCUUCGGUUUCUCCCAAAGACCCAGCAUUUGUUGUCUUUACCUCUGGUACUACUGGACAGCCGAAAGGCAUAGUGGUGCAUCACAGUGCCAUCAGCAGCAGCGCGCGACUUUGCUGUAAGCGCAUGCUUAUCGGCACUGAUUCCCGAGUCUACCAAUUUUCUUCUUACGCUUUUGAUGCGAGCGUUGGUGAAACUUUGUUUUCUUUGCUCGCAGGCGCAUGUCUCUGCGUCCCUAGUGACCGUGACCGGAAGACGGAUCCAGCCAAGGCCGCUCGGGAUCUCAGAGUAAACUGGGCUUUCCUCACACCUUCGGUGAUCAGUUUGAUGGACCCUCUGCAGAUCCCAACCCUCAGAACAUUGUGUUCUGGUGGUGAGCCGAUAACGGCGCAUAUUGUUCGAGAGUGGGCCAACCACUUGAAUCUUAUAAACGGCUACGGUCCCGCUGAAUGCUCCGUCUUCUCUAAUGCACAGGGACCGUUACGGCAAAAUUCCGAUAUCGGGCAGAUUGGAAGAGGCUUUGGCGCCGUAUGUUGGAUCGUCGAUCGAAGUGAUCACACCAAACUUGUGCCCCUGGGUACUGUGGGGGAGUUGCUUCUAGAAGGCCCGAUUGUUGGAAUGGGCUAUCUCAAAGAUCCAGUGAAGACUGAAGCAUCCUUCAUCAGGAGUCCAUCAUGGCUCUGUGAGUUCCGGGCUCCGCUUUCUCCGGGAAGGCUCUACAAGACAGGGGACUUGGUCUCCUACUCCUCCGAAGGAUCCCUUCGUCUUCACGGACGAAAGGAUCUUCAGGUGAAGUUGAGUGGUCAACGACUUGAUCUCGGUGAAGUUGAAUCUCAACUCAAUUCAUCGUCCAAGAUCCUUGAUUCAGUUGUUGAGGUUGUCAAGGUAGAGGAGCGCUCCCUUCUCAUGGCGUUCAUUCGCCCUGUCUCAAUUGAGGCCUGGACUGGUCCUAUCAUGGACGACUUGACGAUCAUUGAGGACCCAAAUGAGGCUUUCUUUCACGAUAGCAUGGAUGUCGCUACAAUGUUGCAAGAAACGCUGCCGCCGUACAUGACUCCGUCAGUAUAUAUUCCUAUCGCUGAAUUUCCUCUCACGUUGACCGGGAAGUUGAAUCGGCGACUCCUUCGGGACCAUGUUAUGAAGUGGACGCCGUCAAAAUUCCAGAAAUAUAACCGAGGCCUUCGAGAGAACGAUGACAACCAUGCUCCCCAAACAGAUAGGCAGCGGCACUUCCUACAACUUGUUGCUGAUAUUCUGGGUCUAGAUCAGAGGAGAGUACGAAUGAACAGCAACUUUUUUGCACUGGGUGGGGAUUCAAUCACAGCGAUGCGCCUGGCAGUUUUAGCAAGACAAGAAGGGAUACAGUUAAAUGUCCCGGAUAUCUUUUCCCAGCCGACAUUAUCUGGUCUAGCUGACCAACUGGAAACCGACGUAGUUCUCAGCAAGAGAAGCAUGUGCAAGGACCAUGACCACUUUUUGCUUGAGACUUCGAAAAAGUACCGCGACGUCCGAAGCAGUCUCUCUAUGGGAAUAUCGGAAAAUUUGGUCGGCAUACUUCCUGCAAAUGAAUUCCAACAAAUGACCAUGGCCAGCUUCUACAAUCGCUACAUUUGUAUUCCACUGUCCCCUGCAGUUGACCAAGCACGUCUGCUAGACGCCUUGCAGGCAGUUGUGGGAGCCCACUCGAUGCUACGGACUGGGUUUGUCAGGCACAGCCGUGCGGGUCUGAUGCAGAUAAUUGCCCGUUCAGUCCAGAUCCGAUUUGAGCAGCACAAUGAUGUCCGGGACCUAGACGAGUUCUGCGCGAAUGACUCUAUUACAAUGCCCUGUCCGACCGAUGGCACCGUUGGCUUUCAACCGUUGCUAGUAACAUUGAAAGUCUCAUCGUGCUUUCUUGUACUACGCCUACCCCAUGCAUAUUUUGACCCACUUUCACUAUCGGUUCUCUGUCAAGACCUAUCAACUGCAUAUGAUGGAAAACCAUUACCUCCUACCCCUCAAUUCUCUGAGCAUUUGCAGUCCAUUGCCACAAGCCCAAGAGAUAGCGCAUAUCGCCUUUGGAGAUCCACUUUAUCAGAUGUCUCAAUGACAAGCUUAAAGGACUUCCAGAAACAGCACACGGGCGAUUUACUGACUAGCAAUGGCCACCAAGCUUCUGGAAAACCGCUGCUAAUAACAGCAACAGAGAAUCUACUUUUAUUUGCCCCUCCACCUGGCAUAACACUGGCCACAGUGGUAAAGGCAGCAUGGGGAAUUACGCUGAUGCAGCGUAUCACAUCGAAUAGUGACGUUAAGGAUGUCGUAUUCGGGCAAGUCAGCCAUGCGCGGAAUCUAGGUCUCCCAAAUGAAGAACGAAUCAUUGGACCCUGCGGCAACAUCAUUCCAGUGCGUGUUCGCUUCUCCGAGUCUCCAAGCCUGCAAGACGUUUUGUGUCAAGUACAGGAACAGCAUAUAGCUUUGAUGCAGGCUGAGAAUCUGGGAUACAAAGAGAUUGUUCGGGAAUGCACCUCAUGGCCGGCAGAGACACCUCUAGGCAGCUUUGUGCGGGUUCUGACCUUUGAUGCAACACCUCCUUGUGUCUUUGGUGGAGUGAAACAUAAGCCUUCUGUUUUCAGCCUCCCGAAUCUCCCAUCAAGCACAGCUAAUGUCUUAGCUGUGCCUCAUGAUGGUUUGCUGUCUAUCACCAUGACCAUCUCCGAUCGGGUAAUGGAUCAAGACGCCGCAAACGAUCUCCUUCGCCAUUUUGGUGUCACUUUGCGGAAGUUCGCCGAGAAAGGGAGAUUAUCAGAACAGGCUUGA